CCGGCGGCCAGAUAGGAAAGCGAGUGAAAAGCGGCACUGCUUGUUGGCACCUUCCCCACCCGUGAGCGAGGUGACGAUCGACGCGCCGCGCGAAUAAAUAGGUCCCGGGCGAUGGCUUUGGCACGGCUGGUGGAGCGCAUCGAGCGGACACUGUACGUGCACUACGAGGACAGCUUCAUCUACUUUUUCGAGCCCAACUUUGAGUCGCUACCGACCGAGCUGAUCAUACAUCUGUUCAAGUAUCUGAACCCGAGCGAUCGGAGCGCGGCGGCGUUAGUAUGCCGGGCGUGGUACUACGCCUUCCGCUAUCCGGAGUUCCUGCGGACCGUCUGUCUGCACAUUCACGACGUCGAGUUUGUCGACAAUGGCCACCCGCUGAAGGGGCUACUGACCUCGUUCCGGUACUACACGGAUGUGCGCGUCACGAAGGUAGUGUUCGGCAGCCGGAGUGAGUUCUGGAGCGAGUUCGGGUGGGCGAUCGAAACACUCACCCUGGACAACUGUGUCGUGUGGAAGCACAAGCUGAUCUCGAUCCUCAAGUAUAUGCCCCGGUUGCGAUCGCUCAACAUUCACAACUGUCCGGAUCUGUUCAAAAGCUGGAAGCUGGUGGAGAACAUUACCGUCUCGUGGACCCUGGUGCUGCCAGCGCUACGGCACCUCAGUUUGGCCCGGAACAAUCGCUUCCAGGAGUAUCACUUCGACUACCUGGUCAACAUGGCCCCGAACCUGGAAUCGCUCGAUAUUUCCGAGUGCUUCGCCAGCAUCGAGGCCCGCCAACGGAUCCUGAUGCUGAACCACGUGCUGGAGUACGUUCGGGUGAAUCGUGCCCGGUUACGGCACCUCUUCAUCGGUGGCAUCCCGGUCGAUAAUCUGUUCCUGCGCGGACUGGCCGAUAUCGGUGGGCUAACGCUGCACGGGCUGGGGUUGAUGGUGUGCGAAAAGAUCCCCAACAACGAGCUGUGGCAGUGUGGCAUCAUCGAUCUGCUGCGAGCGCAAACGCAACUGACGCACCUGGACCUUUCGAAGUCGCUCGCCCUGAACGAUUACUCGCUGAUCCAGAUCUCGCGAUCGAUACCGCAGCUCGAAACGCUCAUCCUCAAUCGCUGCUGGAUGGUCACGGACUACGGGAUCACGGCGAUCAAGAGCUUGGUCCGGUUGCGGCACAUUGACCUGACGAACUGCGAACGGAUCACCGACGCGGGCCUGGUGGGGGGCCUGUUCACGCACAAUCGCAAAAAUGUGCGCCGCCUGUACCUUGGGCUGCUGACCAACAUGAGCGAUGCGGCCCUGACGAAGGUGUCGUUCGAGUUCUGCAAUCUGGUGGUGCUCGAUCUGGGCGGGUGCUCCAACAGCAUCAACGAUCUGUCGGUGCAGUACAUCUUCUACCACAUGACCCGGCUGCAGGAGCUCAAUCUGGACUGCUGCGCCAAGGUCUCCGAUGCCGGCAUCACCGGGGUGGACAUGGAGGAGAAAGCGUUCGCCAUCUGGGACAUCGAGCUGUCGUUCUCGAUCGCCGACCUGACCGGUCUUCGCUCUCUGACACUGGCCGGGUGCUACAAAAUCACCGACGUGUCGUUCGAGCGGUGCUUCCAUUUCCGCGAGCUGAAGGAACUGAGCCUGGCCCGGUUACUGCAGAUCACCGAUCGCGGAAUCGAGCAGCUCGUCCUCGGGUGUCCCUCGCUCGAGGUGGUGGAUUUCAGCGAGUGCCGUACGAUCACCGACCGAUGCGUCGAGAUCGUCACCAAGUGUGAGCCCCGGCUGACGACACUCAGGCUGCAGAACUGCCCGCUGCUCACGGACCAGGCGAUGGGGUGCAUCAUCGAGAACUGUCAGGUGCUGCGGACGCUCAACAUUCGCGGCUGCCACCAGAUCUCGUCGUCCGCGGAGACGUGGGUCCGGUCGGCCGUCAAAACGUUGCGCCAUCUGCAGGGCAACACCCGGGAGGAGCUGUAGGGGCGGGGAGUCAACGGCCACCAGCAAGUCAGGUGGAUCGCUCGCUCUCUCUCACUCUCAGGCACGAGGGGAGUAUAGUAAUGAUCAGUAAAGGCUUUCGGUUAAUUAGUCGGUGCGCUCGAUGCUUAAGAGAUGGUGCGAGAUCAAAGGCAAGAGCCGACGCCGCCGGCGACCUGUUGCGCUGCCGACACCACCUUCAUUCAUCCGAGGAUCGUCGGAUGGAAGGAUGGGAUCGGCAUCGGAAAUAAGACCC